GGGGAGGAGUUCCUCUCGCCGCGACCGAGCGCCAUGGAGGCGGCGGCUCGGUGACACCCGUGCGGACCGUUACCCGGAGGCGGCGAGCCCGCAGGUUUUCUUCACCAGUGGAGUGUGAGAAAUAGAGAGCAAAGAAGAUGAGUGAGCUGGAACAGUUACGGCAGGAGGCAGAGCAGCUGCGAAAUCAGAUCAGAGAUGCAAGGAAAGCAUGUAGUGACACAACUCUUGCUCAGAUCACAACAAGUCUGGACUCAGUGGGGCGAAUUCAAAUGCGAACAAGGCGUACGCUUCGAGGUCACUUAGCCAAAAUCUAUGCUAUGCACUGGGGGUCCGACUCAAGGCUACUAGUCAGCGCUUCUCAAGAUGGAAAACUAAUUAUUUGGGAUAGUUACACAACAAAUAAGAUGCACGCCAUUCCUCUGAGAUCCUCCUGGGUGAUGACCUGCGCCUACGCACCGUCCGGAAACUACGUUGCCUGUGGUGGAUUGGACAACAUCUGCUCCAUCUACAACUUAAAAACCAGAGAGGGCAACGUGAGAGUGAGCCGAGAGCUGCCGGGGCACACAGGAUACUUGUCCUGUUGUCGCUUUCUAGAUGACAACCAAAUUGUCACUAGCUCAGGAGACACCACUUGCGCGCUGUGGGAUAUUGAAACUGGUCAACAGACCACCACAUUCACUGGGCACACCGGCGACGUGAUGAGCCUCUCUCUGAGUCCAGACAUGAGGACUUUUGUUUCGGGUGCCUGUGAUGCCUCCUCAAAGCUUUGGGAUAUUCGUGAUGGAAUGUGCAGGCAGUCCUUCACAGGCCACGUGUCAGACAUCAACGCAGUUUGUUUUUUCCCCAACGGCCAUGCUUUUGCCACGGGCUCUGACGACGCCACGUGCCGCCUGUUCGACCUGCGGGCAGACCAGGAGCUGAUGAUGUACUCGCACGACAACAUCAUCUGCGGCAUCACCUCCGUCGCCUUCUCCAAGAGCGGCCGCCUCUUGCUAGCGGGUUACGACGACUUCAACUGCAACGUGUGGGACACUCUGAAAGGGGAGAGAGCAGGUGUCCUGGCUGGCCAUGACAACCGUGUCAGCUGCUUAGGUGUUACUGAUGACGGCAUGGCUGUAGCUACAGGGUCUUGGGACAGUUUUCUCAGAAUCUGGAAUUAACUGGGAGCCAAACAUGUACAUUCUCCAUUUGAGACCUGGAGAGAUCAAUGCUGCAGCCUAUAGCUGUGAAAUAACAUUUCUACCUUGUAUUUGCAGGUGAAGUUUUUCUAUUCACUGAUUAUUACACAAAAAGGCUUUCUGUAAACUAGAAACAAAAAUCAAGUGAAGAAAUAGGGGAGGGGGGAAGAAAUCACUGACUUUGUAAAAGGGGCCAGCACACAUAAUCAUGGUGACCGACAAACUAAGAGCCAGUCUUUUUGUUUUUGGUGGUUUGGUUAGAUUGUCCUUGAAGGGUUUUUGCUUGUGCUCAGUCUGCUAAUCCUGUACUUUUUUUUUUGUACAUAACAGAAUAUACACAUUAUAGCAGCCAAUCAUGUAACAUUUGUCUGUAUGUAAAGAAAUACGUUUGCCUUUUUUAAGGAACUACAUUUAUAGCUUUGCUUUUAACCCGAGAUGUCACCUCUGAGUUUUGUAGUGGACAAACUAGAUUGCUGUUUUAAAUGUUUUUGUGAAUUUACUGUAGAUAAAGUGAAGCCAAUGGUAUGUAUGUGUUUUUAUAAUGGAAGGCAUUUGAAUUCUAUUUGUUUUUAAAAAGGCCCUGGAGACUCCCAGUUAAUACCUACCGCCUUACUCACGUGGGGACCUGCUUGCCUGCUUCUAGUCACGGGGGUUCUUCCUUGAAGCCAGUGGUUCCUGGUUCAUCCAUUGGCAGCCAUGGCCUCCAGCCACCAAGGAGUUAACACCAGGCAGAUCUGCAACAGCAAAAACCAUUGAAAAAUUAAAUUAGGACUUAAAAAACCCCACUUUCAGAAAGAUCAGCUUCCUCACUGCAGCUUGUUGCAUCAGUUACUCCAUGCAGUCCUUGGGUAUGGAAGCCAAGUGACCUCUGGUGCUGUCCUUAAGUGGCCAAGUGCUUUUGCUUUUGACAGCUCAGCUCUGACUAAAUGAGGUGGCUUUGACCCCUCACAGGCUGCAGCUGCUCUGCACCAGGAGGAGGAUUUGGUGUGAUGCUCAGCACACUGGAAGCAGUGUGUUUGCAAAGCUCUCUCUGUUAACACAAUCAGAUGAGAAAUUCAGAAGGACUUUGCUUAAAUUCUGAAAGCAGAUUGAAAUGUGGGGUUAUUGGCCUGUGAUGCCACCCCCGAACUAGGAGUGGCUGCAGCACCCAGCCCUGCCAGUUACAUGCAGUGUGACUUAGAAAAGGAACUGGGUCAUUUACAAUGAACCCACUGACCUUCCCUACCUGUGUGACCAUUUAAAACUUCCCACUGUGUCCCUGGCAUCCUGCUGCUUGUCCUGUGGGCACAGGGCUCUGUCCCCUGGGGGCUCAGUAGACGCUGAUGGUUCUGCAGGGCUGGCACUGCAAACAGCUCCUUCCUCUCCUGCUCCUGAUUUUAUUUUCACCUUGAUGGCAGUUGCUUGUAAAUGAUGGGUUCUGAUCAAGUACAGUCAAGUGUAGAUAGAGGAAAAUCAAGUGUCUGAUGCCCCCUUGAAACUACCUGGGAAGAUGUUAACUCUUUGGUGCCUGGCAGUGUGCCUGUGCUGGCAGUGGAUGGUCUCUGGGGAAAGGGGAAUCGACUCUAUUGGCUUCUCUUAAGUGACUUAUUUUAAAGAUAUGUGAAGUCUUAACUCAUCAGGUUGGAAGAUAAUGGUAAUCUGCCCUCAUCUGAAGUUCUGAGGAGUCUGAGUAUCUUUGGGUCAAGUAGUCAAUAUAAGUGCCCGGUAUCCUGUUCUAUACCAAACCAGAUUUGUGGCUGAGAUGACUCUGUCAAGUUUCUGACAUUUGUAAUCCUAAACUUCAGUACUUCCAGACUGUGCCUGUAAACUUGCCAUGUCUGUAACAGUGAUGGUGCCAAUAAAUGUACCAGUCAAUCCCAGUAAAUUCACUUUUAACCCAAGCCCAGGGUGCAUCUUGUGCUGGAGCAGUGUCCACUGCCACCCCAGCAGCAGCCUGGGGGGUGGCACCAAACCCUGCUGUGGGUCCGGCCUGGGAACUCCUCAGCCUGUUGCUCUGUGACCUGUCUGCAAGGACAGAGCUGAUUCUUCCUCUCUGAAGCGAGCAGCUCUUUUAGGAUCUUGCAGACUCAGUUUGGUUUUUAGUGGUGCACUUGAUUAUGUUUUUUAACUCACAGCUGCCUUGAGUGAAUCCUUCUGGAAAUUUGUUACUAAGGAAUUUUAAGACAAUAUUCUUUUUCUAAAGCAGUUCUUUUCCAUAGAAUUGUGUGUUGAACCAAUUUCCUAGUCAACACCUUUGUGAAGACAGGUGCCAUUUUUACCUGCUGGUAUUAAAACUGGUUUCUACUCGUGAACCUCCAACCCCAGCUUUUCCAAUGUAUCUAACUUUUUUUAGAAGCUGAGGUGGGCUGUGAGGUGGCGAUGGCGCUCACCCAGUGUCACUGCAAGUACUGCCACUGGCCUUGUUCCACGGGCAAUUGUUUGUUGGAUUCAAAUAUAUCAUAAGGAAUGCCAACUCUGUGCUAACAAGGUUCCCAAAAGCAUCAGCCAGGUGGCUGCCAGCUCUGCCCUGGGUGCCCUGUGUGUGCAGCGCUGCAGGGGCUGGGGUGCAGCUCCUCCUGUACCUGCAUAAGGAAGCCUGGGAGGAGCCCCAGCACCACAGGGGAAACCAGCUCAGAUGCUUCUUGCCAACUUCUAGAAAGCUUCUGCUACAUGCUGCCAAGGUGAUGUUUGCUGUUUAAUUACUCUCCUAGUUACACUUCUGGGGUUGGGGGGGUGGGGGUUUGGGGUUUUUUUACAGCUUCUGGAUUGAAUGUAAGACAUGAUUGUUCUAUGAGGCCAAAUACUGAACUUACACAGGUCGGAGUAUUUCCUUUUCUAACCAGCUCUCGUUGCCCUCUCACGAUUGAUGCCCUUACUAAAAUGAACAUGGUUUUAACGGUAAAAGCUCAGACUCUUCCUUCUAGGAGGAAGGUAGUAUCAUGACCUGGCAUAGGUUUUACUUAAAAGCUUUUAUUCCCAGCUUUGAAUCUCAAAAGGCAAGAGCCUGUGCUUAUAGUUUAACGUAGGCUCAAGUAUGCAGCUUCUGGGAUUCUAAGUGUGCCCUGAGAGCAGACUCACCACACAGCAGGUUUUUGCAGCACUCAUGGGUACACCUUAACCUGUCUUUCAAAGUUUGUUGCCAAACCACAUCAUUACCUGAAUUUCAAAUGACUUAUGUGCUGGCAGAGAUGGAGCAACUGGGACCACGGUGCCGAGGGAGCUCUUUCCCAGCCUCUCUCCUCAGACGUCCCUGGGCCCUGGCUUGGAAAACAGAACUGUGUGCUCUCUGUAACGAGAGUGAUUUUAUUCAGGUACAGGUUUUUGUCAGCAUUUUCUAAUGUUGAUUUAGCUUUGCAAUAGAGAACACUGACCAGGCAUGUGCCCAGCUGGGCUCCUUCCCACACAGCCUUGGCCAGCCCGAGAUUCUGGAAACCACACGAAGCUUCUGCGUGGCAUCGUGCUGCUGUGUACUCACUCACUCCAGUCACAUGGGCCUGUUGCCAUCUGUCUCCAGACCUGUUUUCCUCCAGCCCUCGCCGUCCUGGGCCGGGCGCAGCCGUGGCCGGGACCAAUGGGUCAGGGCGCCGACGCCACUCCAGCCUGCGACACGGAACCAGGACCAGAGGCUCUUCCCCCUGCUGAAGGCCAGGGCUCAGCCCUGACUCGGCAAAGCUGAACUGCUGCAGCAGCUGGGCCCAGUGUGCUUACUGUAAUGCAUGGGUUGGAAAUAGUUAACUCUUUAACUCAUUUCGUGUAGCCGCUUGUCCCACAAUGAAGUUCAUGUUACUUUGAGGUGGAAUGAAAACAUUGUGCAAACAUUCCAAGAGUGCUUAUUCUCGCCUCUUUGAGGACACUGUCACCUCCACUAGGUUUAGUGCUGUGCUUUGAGAUGUUGGUGAGAGUAUUGGCUAAUUCAACUAGUUGGUAUAAAUGGUCGUGUAGCAGAAUGACUGAUGUUCGAGAUAGCAUUUCCUGUACAAGUCCUUACGCAUGGGUUGAUGGUGCACUUUGUAUACAGUAACCUGGCCUGCAUGCUGGCAAACGACUUCCUCCACCUGCGAGGCACCACUGCUCCAGUCGCUGGUUCUGUCCCCCCGCCGGGUGUUACUGCAGUGUUGUUAUGGUAAAUGUGUGAACAGUGUUACUAAUCGAUAUAACUGAUAACGAUUACAUGUGCCUGACAUUCUUAUACCACACAGUAUGUUUAGGUUUUAACUAAUAUGGACUUCGGUGGAAUAGUCUUAGAUAUUUCAAGCCUUUGUUUUACUUACACAAUGGUGCUCUACUUGUGUUUUUUCUCCUUAUUUUUAAAAGAAAACCAAUAAAAGCAUCUGAAGAGGUAUAGUACAUAUUACAUCCAAAGGAGUCUGAAACAAAGCGCUUCUGACCACGCUCCAUCUCCACUGCCUUUGCUUUCCAGCGUUUCUCAGCAGCGAGGGGGGUUGCUUUGGGUUGGGAGGGUUUUUUUUUAACUUGUUGCCGACUACUUUGGGAACCUUUGGUAACGUCACCACUGCUGAAGUGACCCUGCACUGCCUUUGGAGUGUGUAUGUAUUGAGAAACAGUCUUAAAGCUUUUAUUUAAGCUAUUAAAAAACCCAGGGACUGGUGCCAUUUGUUCUUUAACAGUGCUGUUGUAAAAAGACUUCCCUGUGAAAAAACAUCCCUUGCUAGGAACUCUUGUUUAUAGCUUUUUUUUCUUUUUCCACGAUGGAUCUUUUUUUUUUCCUUUGUAUUUGUACAGUGGCUCAGUGAAAGAUGUUGCCAUGAGUUGAUAUUGUAACCAAUAAACAAGUGCUUUUAACCA